UUUUUGUGCCGGCUGCACGCACCAUCGCGAACUUAGUUCGUUUCUUUGCCAAAUAAAGUCGAAAAUGUGUUACGAAUCGGUGUAAAUUGUGAUCGAAAUUAAUUUAGUGCUUUUACGAUUGUUUUUUUUUUUCUAUAAACCGGAAUUUUUCAUGUGGGCAAUUCUUAAUUCACAAUAUAAAUUGUGUCGUAGUUUAACAGUGAGUAAACAAGUACGAGAAUAGCAUAAAAACAUUGUGAAAACGAACAUUUGCCGUGUCGAUUGAGAAUUCAAAAUGAUGACGAUUAGCGAGAGCCAGUAUUCGUCCAACAAGAUGUCCAGUUUCCACAAGGUCAACGACAGGAUCGUCCAUCGAGACAGCUACGAUGACACCAAAAGUUCUUCCAGCGUCAACAGUGCCCUCAUCACUAAAAGGGGAUUUAAGCCAUCCGAUAUGUUCGACCCCCAAAAGAAGGAGUUUCUGACAAACCUCAGUUAUAAGUUGUUCCCUGUAAGUUGGGAAGACCUGGAGAACAAGCCGCUGAUCGUGGGGGAGAAGGAGGUGGACCUUAACAAGAUCUUCACGCCUGCGCCUGAUGCUGAAGAGCAUCUUAUAAAGAAGGACAAAAAAUUCGAAAAAACGUUUGCAUCAUCAGCUUUCUACGUGCCCGGCGUUCAUCCCACGGUCAAGGAGCAGAUGGACCUGGCCAGGGCCAUCUCCAAGAGUCUGAGUGACUCCAGCAACCACAUGAGCCGAGGCCAGAGCAUGUACGUCAACAGGAAGAAGAGAUCCGUGAAAUGGGUUCAUGAAGGGCGAGGCCGGAACACAUCCAACACAUGCAGCACACCAGUGCCAGUCGCCAACCACGACACGCCGUACCGCCCGCCGUCCAGCCUGCGGAACCAGAAGACCUACCCCAAAUCCGCUCUAAAAAACAGCUCAAACACGAGCCUACCUAAACUGGAACCCUUCCCUGUCUCGCCAACUAUAAUGAUGCACAAUGUGGAAGUGCCCGUGCCUUUAGCCCCGACGAAAUUAAACGAUGUCUAUGCCUCGCCGAUCAGCCCGCGCUUGCCUCUUGUCUGUGGCCCCAAUUUCAAUGUGGCGCCGCGCGGGUGGGGCGAAAUGUCAAACUAUUACAGACCUGUGUCACUAGAUGGCGCUGGUAAAGCCAACAUGGUCUACUCCGAUUUUUAAUUAUUUAAUUUUAAUGGUUUAAUUGUAAGACCAUUAGCGUUUAUUUAUUUUAUACAUAAGUUUUUCCAGAUUGAUCUGUUAGAAAUGGAAAAUGGGGCAGUUGUGCGUUGUCAACCAGAAGAGCAUUAGGUUAGUGUAAUCUUAAACUUUUUCGUAUUUUUAUAUAAGUGUAAAAUUUUAAAUAAAAUGGCAUCGUUGGAGAUAUUACGUGUGUUAUAAUAUUAGCUGUGCUGUAAAAAGAUAUUAUAUGAGUUAACCACAAGGAAAAGUAUCGAUUCGUACACGAUCGACAUCACUACUUUUAUCGACUCAAUGCGUCACGUCACUAUUUGUUCACUCUGACGUUGGGUUGCGGGUGCGCCAUUUUUAUGUUACUUGUUUCCUGACAAUUAUUAGUUUUAAAAUACCCAUUUUUAAUCUUUUAACAGUAGGAACAAAUUACACACGAAAUAACGAGAAAGUCUUCUAAUAAUACCGAGCCCGCGUAGUCCAACAUCAAAUCACUAAUGUUUAUAGUUACACAAAAAAAAAAACGUUUAAAUACUAACUACUUAUAAAUGAAAUAAUAUAUUAAUGUGAAAAAGAAAUAUUAAAAAAAUAGGCAAACUUAAUUACCUUAAGUAGAUAAUGAAGUAUUUGUGUUCAAGAAUUAAUAGUGUAUUUAUGGAAUCACUUUUUUAAUAUAUUUUUUUUAAUUAUUGAUUUCUACGCCACUAAUUUAAUUCAUUAGUAGCAUGGUAAAUAUUUUUAUUUGUAUCUGUUUUAUUUAAUAAUUUAUUUUUUCAACUAACUACCUUUAUUAACUAAAUAAUCCAAAAUAACUAAGUCUAAAACUAGUCAUAUUUAUUUCUGUUAUUUCAAAGUAAUACAUUAAUUGUUAGACAGCUAAGUUAUAUAUUUUACCAGUUAUAGUAAGUAAAUAUAUUAAAAAUGAAAUUAAAUCUAGAUUUUUACGUCGUAUAGAUAUUUAUAUGUCAAUAAAUUUUAUACCUAUGUUUUUAUAAAUAAGGUCAUCAUAGUUUACAGACAUACGUCUCUUUCCCUUACGGGUUAGACAUAGUCUCGUGGUAAGUUUUAUAUUGUACGUAAUUUGUAUUUAUCAAGUGAUGAAGAUGUUGUUUGUAAUAAAAGUAAACAAAAAUUAAA